UGCAUUCGCUUGAGCAACGCUCCAUUGGUAGCGACAACUAUUACGGCAUUCUUAAAGGUUUCCCUUUCAAGUUAUACCCAGCUAAAGAUCAUCUAACAUCAUGCGCUUUUUGGUAUUCAGUUUCAUGCUUAUGGCAAUUUGUCUGGCCGCCCGAGCAGAUGUCUCCCAGUUGGUGAGAUCUGGCAAUGGAUUUGUUUACGAUGUACCCAAAGUCACGGAACUAGAGCUGGAGGUGAACAACGAGUUUCCUACGGGCGAGGAAUUCCCCCAGGAUGCCAUCCCAGUGGCUCCCUCCGAUGCGGAACUCGGCCAGGCUGAAGAUCUGGAGGAACCAGUAGAACCAACAACAGCCGGCACAACUGCCUCCAAGAAAAUCCAUGGAUACAAAUACCAGGUGCCCAGUCGGCGCUUUAAGAGCUAAAUUCCACCCUUACUAAUUCCAAUUUGUACCAAAGUUUCGUAAAGAUAAUAAACAAUAAAAUCAAAUCGAAAUCU